AUGCAUAUGGAAAAGAUUCGCUUGCGAUUGAUCCUUCAGCUCCUUUUUGUCUCCUUUUGCUUUGGAGCUGGUCUCUGGGCCGACCAGAAUGGGCUGGAGUCGAUGGGAUCCAAUGCGACAAGUCCAGCCUUGCAAGCAAAUCAACCCACGACAGGCAUUGAAUAUCAUACGGUGAUACCAACGGCACUGCGAAAACAGAAAACUGGCCAGACAUCAUCACUCUCCCCUGAAAUAACAGUUGCAAUUCCGAGCGGAGACUCGAUAUUAUCACAAUCUCUACUAGGGCAGGCUGCGGAAGGGCAUGAUAGGCAUAUAAUAUCAAGCCACGAGCGGCCAGCUAAAGUUCAGGUCCAUCGUGAGAGAUCGUUGGAGAAUCUUUCGCUGUCCAAUCUCCUUUUGGCCACGGAUUUGGAGGGCGGUCUGCAUGGGAUUGAUCGGAAGAAUGGCAAAACAUUGUGGUCCAUCGAUUCUUCGUUUUUCGAACCUCUUAUAGAGAUUACUGGGCGGGGAAGUUCGACGAUGAAUGAGACUUUGAUUGUUGAACCCUACAACGAUGGAAACAUAUACUAUUUUAGUCCUUUUCAAGGUGUGCAGAAACUUCCAGUCACGAUUAAUCAACUGGUCGCAUCGUCUCCUAUGCAUCUAAAAACAGACAUUGUAGUUGACGAGCUGGGAACUGUUAUUCAAGAUGAAAAGAUAUACACAGGGUCGAGAUCUACAUCGAUGUACACGAUCGAUUUACUCACGGGCGAAAUUAUUUCAGCAUAUGGCCUUGGUACGAAGAAUAAGAAGUACUCACGCGAUAAAGAGACCUGCAUUACUUCCGGAUUCGAAUCAACUCAAUGCCACAAUUCCAUAGUUGUGGGAAAAAGUACCUAUCGCUUGGAAAUUCAUUCUCUUGAUGGUAUCGCCUACAACGUUUCUUACUCCAAAUGGCAGCAAAAUUCUUUAGAUACCCAUUUGGCUACUCAAAACUUUCUAUCUCAGGAUGGCAUCUACAUUGCGCCUUUUCGUGACAAAACUGUGCUGGCGAUUAGCGACGAUUUCAAAAUUGCAAGAUGGAUAUCAGCCACUUUUCCCGGGAUUAUUAACGGAAUCUUUGAUAUAUAUCAAGAUGAAACCAAAGGUGAGAAUAUUCUAGUCCCACAUCCUUUGAAAUCGCCAUAUGAAAAGCUUUCGAAUAAUGAAAAGGUAUAUCUUGAUCAAAACCAGCAUGGUACCUGGUUCGCCUUAUCGUCGCACAAUUUUCCUUCACUGGUGGAGGUCGCUCCCAUGUCAAAAUACAGUCUCAAUGAAAGAUGGAAAGCACCAUCGAUUUUCCAGAAUGAAGAUCUCACCAGGACAGCUCUGCAAGGCGUCCAUGAGCUCACUAACAUGAGAUUUCAGCAGAUAUUUGAGGGCGGUCGCGAACAAAAUGACAUCCUGUCUUUACCGGAGAAAAACUCUCCUCUGUUGAUUGAUCCACCUGCUGACCACAUCCUGGAUCCUACGAGUCAGAAGGUAAAAUCCAUCGAUAGAUACAUAUCACCAGGUGAACUUGAGGCCUAUAAAUUGAAGGUUCAAGAGCAAAUAGCGCAAGAAAUUAUGCAAAAAGCUCAAGGCUCCUUCCUUCGCACCGCUGCAAGAUUUGUGUAUCGAGUGGUGGAAAGUGGAUUUGUUCUCUUAUUUGCUCUUUUCAUUCUAUUGAUACUUCAGAAGUUCAGGAUUAUAAUGCCUCUGCCAGUACUCUUGGAGAAGUUAGGACUCAUCCCUACGAAAGAUAUUACUUUGAAGGAUGUUGAGAUCACCAAUCUCGAUAAUGACAAGAUGAGCAACCGCAAUGCCGCGAAGAAAAGCGAAGUGGCAGACGUGGAAGAUAAGGGACAGACGGCUGUCAUGUCAUCAUCUAGCAGCGCAGAUAUUGAACAGGAAGAUAUUAGGAUGCUGGGGGACAUUCAUGAUAAAAAUGGAACUCUGAUCGUCGAUAAGAGGAAAAGAAAACGUGGCGCUCGUGGUGGCAAGAAGGCAAAGAAGAAGUUAUUGGCGCAAGAAACUAACCAGGAUGGGGAAGAUUUAGAAUUGGAGCAUGACCUGAAAACACUCACCGUCUCCGAUAAAAUAUUGGGCUAUGGCUCCUCAGGUACUGUGGUCUUCCAGGGUAGUUUUCAAGGACGACCGGUCGCGGUCAAACGUAUGUUACUUGAUUUCUGUGAUGUGGCCUCUCGAGAGAUUAAAAUGCUCACUGAAAGCGAUGAUCAUCCCAAUGUCGUAAGGUAUUUCUGCUCUGAAUUCACACAGAAAUUUCUCUAUAUUGCAUUGGAGCUUUGUAGUGCGACGCUUGAAGAAGUGAUUGAACCUAACAAAGGAUCGAAUGAAACCGUCGAGUUCGAGUUGAACGAAAAAGUUGACUGGGUUGAUGUUUUGAAGCAAGUCGCAUCAGGCGUCGCACAUCUGCAUUCCUUGAAAAUUGUCCACCGUGAUAUCAAACCACAGAAUAUUCUUGUUUCUGGGCCGAAAAAGCCUGUUAUCGGUCAAAAUAAUAUGGAUGGGAAUAUUAGGGUCCUUCUCUCUGAUUUCGGUUUAUGCAAGCGACUGGAGGCUGAUCAGUCAUCCUUUCAUCCUACAAACACAAAUAAGGCUAGUGGUACUAGCGGCUGGCGUGCGCCGGAGCUAUUGGAUGAGUCGAAGAAAAAAGUUAUCGAUAGUAUAAUUAGCGAUGAGCAGGAAGAGGCCGGAAGCUUUAGCUCGUUCUAUGAUAAAAGCACGAAACAGCGAUUAACGAGAGCGAUGGAUAUAUUCUCCAUGGGUUGCGUAUUUUACUAUGUUUUAUCUAAUGGGAAUCACCCGUUCGGCAGCAGGUAUGUGCGAGACGCGAACAUUAUCAGAGGAAAUUUCGAUCUUUCUGCUCUUCGGCGGAAUCUUUCAGACAAGUCGCUUAUAAUUGAGGCCAAUAGCUUGAUAACUCAGAUGCUAAAAAAUGAUCCCUUGGAGAGGCCAACAGCUGCAGCUGUAUUAAACCACCCUCUUUUCUGGUCUAGUGCCAAAAAGCUGGAGUUCUUACUGAAAGUUAGUGAUCGGUUUGAGAUUGAGAGGAGGGACCCGCCAAGUCCUUUACUGCUUAAGCUGGAAGCAGGAGCCAAGUUAGUGAUACUAAACGGAGAUUGGACUACCAAAUUUGAGAAAGAUUUCAUGGAUAAUCUUGGCAAGUACCGCAAGUACAGCGGAAGCAAAUUAAUGGACUUGCUUCGAGCACUAAGAAAUAAGUAUCAUCAUUUCAUGGAUUUACCAGAAGACCUGGCAGCUGCAAUGAGCCCCAUUCCCGCUGGAUUUUACAAUUACUUCGCCUUACGUUUCCCGAAUCUGCUGAUGACAACUUAUUCUAUAAUCAAAAACAACCUAGAAGAUGACCAGAUUUUGAGUAAGUUCUUCGCUUAA